AUGUUUCAGACCACGCUUGCAUGGAUGGAACGAAUACUAUCCCGCAAACAGGAGUUGGAUGAUCAAAUUGAGGAUAUGGUUGAGGUUGACAAAAUAUCUUUCACAAGUUUUGCAAGCUCCGACGAUGGCGACCUUCGAAUGUCUGUCCAACAAAGCCCUAUUCCGUCUAAUUUUUCCGAUUUUAAGACGGCAUCUGAGCUUUCCCUCCACUGCCAGCAUAGGUAUGUUAUUGCAGUUAAAUGUCCUGAUUCGGAAGAUGAAUCAGCGAGUAACAGCCCUUCGUGCUCAAGAGUUGAUACGUCCUAUCCUAUCCCUACACCAUCCUGCUCAACAGUGGACCACGAUAUUGUCUCUGAUUCAGUUCCAAAAACGUGCCCAAUCUCCUCAUCUUUCUGCAUUGAUCACGGAUGGAUAAAUAAUCUCUAUAUUACUAACGAAUUGCCACCAUUACCAGAAUUUGUUUCUGAUGAGCCGUAUUGGAGGGAAAUGGAGCGGGAAUUCAUAGGUCUUCGUCUGCGUGAUGCAAAUGUGUCGAAGGACCUGGAAGAGUCAAAUACGUAUAUGUAUUCGCUUCGUCUUACACUGGCUGCAAUGGAGGAGGCGCGAUGGUUAAAUGACGUGUCGAAGGAUCCUGAGUUGUCUCGCUUGGUUCACGAGUAUAUUGACCCGCAAUUUCCCAUUGCUGUGAAUCGCAUACCUGAAAGUCUGGGAAGCGAUGGAUCCUCUACUAUCGAUAUCAAUGGAGCAAGUGGAGACUGCCCUUCUGACAUAUUAUGCCCAACGUUUGAGAUUAAGGACGAUAUCUCCGCCAAACCGGCGUUCUUCAGAAGCAUGAGAAGACCAUCUCGACGUUUACGGAUUGCGCACAAUACGGUAACAGGUUCGCCUUCCAGGAAACCUGAACCAACGUGGAGUGAAGUGGCCUCUGCUGCACUUGAGAGUUUCACGAAUAGAGAAACUUUACGUGAUGAGCGAGUCUCUCAGUGGAUGGAUGAGCUUGUUCGAAGCACGGACAGGCUUCUGUCGUUGCCAGUACCUCACAGAGCACCAGUGAGGAAACGUUUAUGCAGGCGGAUGUCUUCUCGAUCUAGUGUAGAAUCUGACUGGACUCCUCCGAGAGAAUCAUGGAUUUAUACGCUUUGGAAAUCUGAGAGAUACUGUGAUUAUUUCGGGAAAGUUUUCUGUCAAUGCUGUCACCAAGGUUCAAAAUCAAUAAUUCCCGCUAGAAUAUUGCAUACGUGGAAUUUUAAUGAAUUUCCUGUCUGUGAUCUUGCCUUACACUUUUUGUUAGAAGUUCGUGAUGUGCCUGCAAUUCACGUAAACGUUGUAGCUCCACAAAUGGUUGAAAAAAUACGGGUCCUCAAACAUGUGAUUGUGUUACGAGAGAAACUUUCAUAUAUGUGGGAUUUUGUGAAAGGAUGCCCUGAUGCAGAGAAUACAGAGACGAAGAUUGGGCAUUUACGCCUCGAAAUUAUUCGAUCCUCCGAAUAUGUAGUCUUCGCAAUCACUGUUUUCGACCUCGUUGGAACAGCCAUCUACUGCGACUCGCGCAGCGACCUAUUUUCUCUGUCAGAUCUUAUACGGGUUCACAAUAAAGACAUGAGCUCACAUCUUGAACCGAUAGCCCACUUUGCUAGAUGUCAUAUCGAGGCUUGUGAGCACUGCCGCCAGUUCGCUGCCACCUGUGUCUACUGUGAAGACGAUAAAGAGCUGCUGUUUCCAUUUCAAAUGGAAAAAGUCCAUAAGUGUGCUUCUUGUGCUUCACUUUCGCACAUCAAGUGCCAGACGAAGUUCAGACGAAAAGUGGCAUGUCAAAGUGGUUGUAAGAGGUGCCUAAAGGUAGAUAAAGACAGGCAGCCCGUGCUAGUUUAG